AUGACAACCACCACCACUUCCACUGGGGACGCUAUCGAAAGCUCUUCGGCGACAAUGAAUAUCGCUAACAUUGCACCUUUGGGCGCGACAAAGGGACGGCGCAAAACCACAAGAAAGAAGUUGUCUCAACAACAGAUAGCAGAAGUGGAGGAUAGGUCGAAAGAUCAAAUUCAAUAUCAACCACAUUCCGAUUCCACUAUUCCGGUAGAUAGGAACAGAUACUCAACCUCUCUUGAUCCGAGAGGAUAUAUUCCAGCUACGCAAGAAUCAUUGUCCCUUGCGUCUUCAACACCUUUAUUUAUCGUUUUCGAUAUUUAUGAAUACGACAUCAACGAACAGCCGAUAAUGUGGGAUCGCGAAACUGGAUACGUUCAUUUCACAGGAAUAUGGAAGGCCCUUGGAAAGAACAAGGCUGAUAUCGCGAAAUUGGUAGAAACCCACCCGGAUCUGGCAGCGACCAUCAAAAAGGUUCGUGGUGGGUUUUUGAAAAUUCAAGGAACUUGGAUGCCGUACGAUUCAGCAAAGGAACUUUCGCGUCGGACAUGCUUCCAAUUAAAGGAGCAGCUUGUACCGAUUUUUGGACCUCAUUUUCCGUCAGAAGUAUUAUCACCAACACAACCUGGCUUCGGAAUUCUUGCUCUCUCAGACGAAGCUGCACAGAAGAAGAGAAUUAGGCGAAAACCUAAAGAGACGACUUUAAAUAAUGCAGCGUUGAUGCCAGUGACAUCGAUUAACAUCGCCACAUCCAUCCCCACAACAAAAACAACAACUACCACUAGUACUACUUCUACUGGGUAUGCGGUUAAGCCCAAGCUGAAAAUUUUGUUCGGAAAACGUGAGAAAGAGGCGGAUAAUAUUCCCUUAAAUACAACAGAUCAACUUCAACCGAUGGCUGUAGACGAUAAUAACAGGUCAAACUACAUUAACCACUUUAAUCAUUCAUUGGGCACCGCUUUUGGUUUUGACAACUAUUCAGUUCAAAAUCAUCCUGAUCGAUCAGAAGUUCAAGGUAGAUCCUCGUCGACACAACGAUCAAAAAUCAGUAAUAUCCGUGCGCUCCUCAAUGAGGAACAAAUCGACCCUAUGUAUGAUCGAGAACAUCCAACUUUGAAUGAUUGGGACCUUUAUAUCAGAACUGAUGCUCAUUCCAAUAAACGAAGAUAUGAAGAUCGAAAUGAUUAUUGUAAAGAUGCAGAUUCAUCGGAUCAUAAAGGAGGAGUGCCACGCAAGCUCAUGAAAUUUUCAAUGGGGAUAAAUCAAUUGAUUAAUGAAGAUGGACCAUCGACUUUUCGUCAAGAUUUCGCGUAUCAAUACGAAAAUGGCACUUUUUUUACUAAUAAUAAUAUCGUAAUUAACGACGCUUAUCAAGACCAACUGUAUAGUUCACAAAUUAAUAAUUCCGAUGACAUGGUCGCGAUUUCAAGUGAUGAAUCCAGUUCUGAGAUGUCAUCAAGCAACAGUGUCAGAUUUGAACAUUAUAAUUCGCCGAUCCCAAUGACCCCAGUUCAUCCAAGCAAUGCCAAUCCACCAACACCAAUUUUUGAACGGGAUCUUUUAGAAAAAGUCGAAGCUGCCUCAAUCCUUCAAGGAUUGGCAAAUGAUCGAGGAUCUAGAUCAGUUGUUGCGUGGCCACGAACAUUCAUUUUUAACAAUCAAGAAUUUCAGUACAGCGGUUGUGGUUAUCGAGUUUUACGGUACUGGUGA